CCUCCCCUCCUCCCUCUCUCCCUCCAGACCCAAUUCCACAGAAACCAUGGCGGCUUCAAUCAGGGCCAACUGCAGAAAGGUCAUCUGCAUCGGCAGGAACUAUGCCGACCACAUCACCGAGCUCAACAACACCACGCCCAAGCAGCCCUUCUUCUUCUUGAAGCCCGCCUCGGCGAUCCUCUGCCCCGGCGAGGGCCCCGUGCUGCGUCCCCAGGGCACCAGCCUGCACUAUGAGGUCGAGCUGGCUCUGGUGAUGGGCAAGACGGUUCGGGAUCUGGACCCGAACGAUGAGAAGAGCGCAUUGGAUGCGAUUCACAGCUACAUCCUCGGAAUCGACAUGACGGCGCGCAACGUCCAAGAAGAAGCCAAGAAGAAGGGCCUGCCCUGGUCGAUCGCGAAGGGCUUCGACACCUUCCUGCCUGUGUCCCAGGCGAUCAGCAAGUCGCGUCUUCCCGACCCCCACAAUGCCUUCCUCCGCCUGAGCGUCGGCUCGCAGAUGCGCCAGGCCGACUCGACCGGCCUGAUGCUGUACCGCAUCCCCAGACUUCUGGCGGAGAUCUCGCGGGUCAUGACCCUGGAGAAGGGCGACCUGGUCCUGACCGGUACCCCCAAGGGUGUCGGCGAGGUCAAGUCCGGGGAUGUGAUGAAGGCUUCGAUCGAGGUGGACGGAAAGGAGAUCGAGGAGGGUCGCAUCGAGGUGGAGGUCAAGGACCGUGAGGGCCGGUACCGGUACAGCGAGACCUAAACGGGGGGAUACUGGAUAGAAAAAGCCCAUGUGUAGGUAUAUCAUCUGCACGCUGUAUAUACAUACCAUACCAUACCCGAAAUCGAUAUCAAUGGCAUGACGAUCCGGAUAUGAUAUGACGCAUACUGCGGAUGGUGCACUGGUCAAUGCGGACGCAUCAUCGCCGCCAUGAACUCAGAGUCCUCUUCAUCCGCCGGAA